UUCUCACCAAAUCACCAGUGCCAAACCCUACCUCUCCUCCCUCCUCUGUUUCGGCGGCGCACCAGGCGGCGUGGAGGGCGGACUGGUAGGCGGUGCCGGGCCGGGGGUGGUUCGGCGGAGCGGGUGGCGGCGCCGGGGACGAGCGGCAGGUUUCGGCGGCGGGGCGGGCGGCAGGUGUCGGCGGCGCAGGCGGUGGGUGUCGGCGGCGCGGGCGCUGUCUCCUGGCGGCGCGGGCGGCGACUCCAGGCGACCCCUUCCUCGUACCCCCGAUCUCGGAAAAGAGGAUUAUAAGGUAAAAGCACACACAAAUCUAACACCACUACAGCGAUAAACCCCCCAAACCCCACCACCACGCCGCCGCCGCCGCCGCCGCCGGAGAAGAUGAUGGUGCCGCUGGAUCCGUCAUCCAAGCCCACCUCCCAGCGCCGCAUCGCGGAGGGGGACACCGUCGUGGUGUACGAGCGCCACGACGCCAUGCGCGCCGUCGCCGUGCUCCCGGGGGCCGUGCUCCAGAACCGAUUCGGCGUCUUCCGCCACGACGACUGGAUCGGCCGCCCCUUCGGCUGCAAGGUCCACAGCGCCGCCUCCGCCGGCGGCGGAGGGGCUCGCGGGGGCAAGGGGAAAGGCGGCGGGUUCGUCCACCUCCUUGCGCCCACCCCUGAGCUGUGGACGCUCGUGCUCAGCCACCGGACGCAGAUCCUCUACCUCGCCGACAUCAGCCUCGUCGUCUCCUACCUCGAGCUCGUCCCCGGGUGCCUCGUGCUCGAGUCCGGCACCGGGAGCGGCUCCCUCACCACCUCGCUCGCCCGCGCCGUCGCCCCGCACGGCCGCGUCUGCACCUUCGAUUUCCACGACCAGAGGGCCGCCUCCGCAAGGGAAGAUUUUGAGAGGAAUGGCCUGACCAGCAUAAUCACAGUCGCAGUUCGGGACAUACAAGGACAAGGGUUCCCUGAGGAACACACUGGUGCUGCCGAUGCUGUGUUCUUGGACUUACCCCAGCCUUGGCUUGCAAUACCUUCUGCGGGGACUAUGCUAAAGCAAGAUGGAGUUUUAUGCUCCUUCUCACCCUGCAUUGAGCAAGUGCAGCGGGCUUGCGAAGCUAUGAGAUCAUGUUUCACAGAUAUUAGAACCUUUGAAAUUCUUCUUCGCACCUAUGAAGUACGAGAAGGUGGUUUGAAGGGUGCCACAACCAAUGAAGAGUCUAAUGCAGUGCCUCUUGCUCAGAAAAAAAGAAAACUUCUUGCUGCUGCAGAAACUUUAGAUGUUAAGCAGAAUUCUUCUAGUGUUAUGGUUAGGCCUUGUAGCACUGCUAGAGGACACACUGGCUACCUGACAUUUGCGAGGCUUCGUGUGCAUGGAAACUAAACUGAUCCUCCAUACAGGGAAACUUGGGGACUCACACGUUCAUAAUAGAAGGAAAUUGAGUGUGCAACCCCAUGUUCAGGUAUUCUCUCAAGAUUGAUUUGGAGAUGAUCAUUCUUUUUCUGAAAUACUGUUAUGGCCAUUUGCUGCCAUUGCUGAUAGUCAACCAGGGUCACCUGUACUGAACUGCAUUUACCUGUACGUCGAGCUGUGGGCCUUGCAUUUGUUGUAAUGGUGUAGAAGUAUUUCCCAGAGUUCCUUUUUAGGAGUACUUGAGGAGAUAUUGGGAGGAGUACUUGAGGAGGUAUUGGGAGGUAUAAGAUGCCAUACUUCCUGAAGGACAGUAAAAACGCUCUUGUUUAACCUGGGCAAGUGGGCAGGGCAUGUUCGCAUUUCACGUCUCCAUGCCUUGCGCAAAAAAGAAUUCAAAUAUCUAUCUUUUUUAACAAAUGUGUUUUGACAGGAUGCCGAAAAAAGGUGUGGUAUGUUUCUGUUUGAUUGAUUAGCACCGCCUAACCUCUUUUUCCUAAACCAUGUAAUACAGUUAAUUCAAGUCCUAUCGGAUGAAACAAAUCAACCAGAUCGGUGAUUUUUAUGUA